AUGGCACCCUUGUUGAAAUGGGCAAGAGGUCUUCUCCGCCGCUCCCCGUUGCGCCCUUUACAGUUUCCCGCAACGGGCUUUGAGGUAAUCCCCGAAACUGAGCUGCUCGAGGAAGAAAACUACAAGGAGUUCAAGGCCGGCACUUACUGUCCAGUGAACAUCGGCGAUGUAUAUGCCUCAAAUACGUACCAGGUCCUUGGUAAGCUUGGGUUUGGAUCAACGUCAACAGUUUGGCUCGCCCGUAACCUGCAGUAUGUCGACGGCACGCGAAUCCUCGAGUCCUUCGUCAAGGACGAGAUGGAAUCACCCUCUCCGCGCAAAUUCGUCAACAACACCCCUAUUUACAUGUCUAGACGGUUCGGCCUGCCUAGGGAGUUUGGUAGGAUCGUGCUCAGUGACUUUGGAGAGGUGGUGAAGGGAGAUGUGAAACGAAACCACAACGCGCAACCGGACGUUUAUAGGUCACCUGAAGUGAUGCUCAAGGCUGCAUGGAGCUACCCGAUCGAUGUGUGGAACGUAGGGGCCAUGAUCUGGGAUGUAUUUGAGGGUGGCCACUUAUUCCACGGCCUGGAUCCCUGCCCAGAAAAGGGCUACUACACAACCAGGGCGCAUCUUGCCGAAAUUAUCGGGCUUCUUGGUCCACCGCCCCUGGAUCUUCUCCGGCGGGGGACCCGAAGCAGAGAGUUUUUUUCGGAAGACGGCCAAUGGAUUGCGGAUUGCCCUAUUCCUCAGGGCAACAGCCUGGAAAAGGCGGAGCUUGUUCUCGCCGGGAGGAACAAGGAAAUGUUCCUGAAUUUUAUAAAGGGGAUGCUGACGUGGCGGCCGGAGGACCGCAAAACCCCAAAACAGCUGCUUGACGACCCUUGGCUACAAUCUUGGGAGAUAUCCGAUUAG